AUGUUGCCUUUGUAUGUGUGCAGGAAGAUUAUCGAAAUGAGAUCCCUUUCCGAUAAGAAAAAAAGGGUCUCUGCUGUUAGAGAUUUUCCAUAUGGAUGUGGGACUCGCUCUGUUCAGAAUCGUAGAAGCGUGAAUGGUCGUGAGGUUGUUCAAGCCGCAAGUGAGACACGACAUGAACCGAGUGGUGUUGCUAAUCGUGGUUACCACCACAGGCCUGGUUGUCCUGUUAACGAAGCUGAAUCGAUUGAUGAGAUUAUGAAGAAAGCCGGCUUCAAUGUCCCGGCUAGGAGUAGUGUUGACAGAGGAAGAUCUGUUUCAUCUUACAGUAAAUCUUGUGGAAGCAAGGUUAAGCCUUUGAGUUCAGAGGAAGCUUUCAGGCUAAGUGCUUCUCAGAGCAGAAGGAGACAACUUUCACAUUCACAUUCAUCCACCAGCAGUGAGAGGAAGCUUUUGUUAGCCAAAGCUGUGGAAAAACAGAGAAGCUCACCUGAGAACGGUGAUGCAGAUGCGCUAAGAAGACCAAUGACUCAUAAACCAAGUCAAAGACUUGGACUCAACCAGGUUACCAAAGCUCUCACCCCACGCGAGCAAGUUCAAAAGGUGUUGCGUAUUUUCAAACUCGUGUUUAAAGCGCUGAACAAAGACCAACCCGGGCGGCAUUACGAAGCACGAGCCAUCCUAAUGAACCAUGGGAUGCAUGUGAACGCUGAGAAGAUGAUUGGACCGGUCCCCGGAAUCGAAAUCGGAGAUAAGUUCCAGUACAAGUCAGAACUCAACUUGAUCGGUCUCCAUUUCGACAUCAGAGGUGGCAUUGACUACAUAACCAAAAGAGGAGGCUUGAAGCUAGCUACGAGCAUCAUUUCGUCGGAAGGGAAUGGUUACACGGAUAGGUUUAACUCUGAUGUGAUGAUUUACUCAGGACAGGGAGGUAACUUGACGAGCAAGGAUCAGACAGUGGUCAAAGAUCAGAAGCUUGAAACGGGGAACUUGGCUUUGGCUAAUUGCAUGGAGGCAAAGACUCCGGUGAGAGUGAUACGUGGCGUAAAGGACCCGAGAGGAAAGUGUUAUGUUUAUGAUGGGUUGUACUUGGUUGAGGAGUAUUGGCGAGAGAGGGGACGUGGAGGUAGUCUUGUGUUUAAGUUCAAGCUUCGUAGAGUUCCUGAUCAAGAUUCAACUAACUUGAGAUAUCACUAGUGUGAGAUGGAAAAGGUCCUUUUUGGGUGAGGAGAGAUAGUAUCAGACUGAUUGAUGUUUUAGAAAAGGAAUUUUGCUUGGCAAAAGCUAUAGCCUAUAGCUAAUCAUAACAUAACAGUAGGUUUGGAGUCUUUUGCUUUCAUGUCAGAUAUGCUUCUGUUACUUUUGCAUUGAUGCUUCCGUUUCUGUUUAUGUACAAAG